AAUCGUUCGGGUUUGAUCUAGUUAAGAUAAGAAAUGUAUUCAGGUAAGUACCUAGUUAAGAUAAGAGCUAUACUAAUGAUUAGCUAGGUAUUCGAAGGAAGGAAAGUAAGGAUCUCACGUCAGAACUCAUAGAUGAGUCUGAGGUGCUACGUGGCGACAAGCCAUUUUAUAAGUAAGACGGAACCAAAAAAUUUUUACUCAUGGGAUAUAUUGGUGAGCAGGCUACCUCAACUUACACGCCUUCCUUUCUAGGCGCUUCGUGGCUGCUUGCUUCAUGCCUCGAUCCUCUACGUCGAUCCUCUACGUCGAACACUGACUUACAGCUGCCAUCAUUGGAAUCAGUCAAAGCAGAUGCAGCCGCUUUGGUAGAUAUCAGGUCGAAUUUGAAGGUCGACUAAACCAUCAACUUGAAGUACUUACUCCCGUGAUUUGUAACGCACUGGAAAACCGUGGGGCCCUAGAAACACAAGUACCACCUGGCUCGAAUACGAAUGUAGAGCCAUUUUUCUAUCAUAUCCAACUGCCGAACCUUUUCACGUGGUCAUGCCUCGUUAAUAUCAUAUAUGCUCCAGAAGACAUUCAGGAGGAUACAAUCUUUGCACUGAAGAUAUU